AUGCGGCCGCAGCUGUUUCGUGCGGCCGCCCGGUCUCUCCGGGUGCCCCGAGCCCGGCCCUUCGCAACGACAGCCCCUCGCGCGGCCGAGGUGGAACUCACCAUUGAUGGCAAGAAGGUUUCCGUCGAAGCCGGUUCGGCUCUCAUCCAGGCUUGCGAACAAGCAGGUGCUACUAUCCCAAGAUAUUGCUACCACGAAAAACUAUUGAUUGCGGGAAACUGCCGUAUGUGUCUCGUCGAAGUUGAGAAAGCCCCGAAGCCAGUGGCAUCAUGCGCUUGGCCGGUCCAGCCAGGUAUGGUGGUCAAGACAAAUUCGCCGCUAGUGCACAAGGCCAGGGAGGGUGUGAUGGAGUUCCUCCUCGCCAACCACCCUCUGGACUGCCCUGUCUGUGACCAGGGAGGAGAAUGUGAUCUCCAAGACCAGUCGAUGCGUUACGGUGCGGAUCGUGGUCGUUUCCAUGAGGUCAGUGGUAAGCGUGCCGUUGAAGACAAGAACAUCGGCCCCCUCGUGAAAACCUCGAUGAACCGAUGCAUUCAAUGCACUCGCUGUGUUCGAUUCAUGAACGAUGUCGCGGGUGCUCCCGAGCUGGGAACCAGCGGCCGUGGAAACGAAAUGCAGAUUGGAACCUACCUGGAGCAAAGCCUUGACUCGGAGUUAUCAGGCAACAUCAUCGAUCUCUGCCCCGUUGGUGCCCUGACCUCCAAGCCUUACGCUUUCCGGGCUCGCCCUUGGGAGCUGAAGCACACCGAAUCCAUCGAUGUUCUUGACGCACUUGGCUCCAACAUCCGCAUUGAUAGUCGGGGUAUGGAGGUGAUGCGCAUCAUCCCGAGACUGAACGAUGACAUCAACGAGGAAUGGAUUAACGACAAGUCACGUUUCGCGUGCGACGGCUUGAAGACUCAGCGACUCACUACUCCUCUGAUCCGUCGUGAUGGCAAAUUCGUCCCUGCUACUUGGGAACAGGCCUUGGUAGAAAUCUCAUCGGCUCAGCAGAAACUUCAGCUGCAACCUAAUGAGUUCAAGGCUGUCGCCGGACACCUCGUCGACACCGAAUCCCUUGUCGCCAUGAAAGACAUGGCCAACAAGUUGGGCUCCGACAACCUUGCGCUCGAUCAACCCGGUGGCAGUGACCCUAUCGCCCACGGUAUCGAUGUACGAUCCAACUACCUGUUCAACUCUAAGAUUUACGGCAUUGAGGAGGCCGAUGCUAUCCUGCUGGUCGCCACUAACCCCCGUCAUGAGGCCUCUGUUCUCAACGCCCGCAUUCGUAAGCAGUACCUGCGCUCGGAUCUGGAAGUUGGACUAGUGGGUGAGGAGUUUGAGAGCACUUUUGACUAUGACCACCUGGGUGCCGAUGUGUCCGCUCUGAAGGCUACUCUGUCUGGUGAAUUUGGCAAGAAGCUCGGCUCUGCUCAACGGCCCAUGAUCGUCGUUGGUAGUGCAGCUGCUGAGCACCCCGAUGCUAAGGCCAUCUUCGAGGCUGUCGGCAGCUUCGUCGAGAAGCACAAUGCUAGCUUCAACACCCCGGAGUGGCAAGGUUACAAUGUCUUGCAGCGUGCCGCCUCUCGGGCUGGUGCCUACGAAGUGGGAUUCACUGCUCCAUCCCCCGAGGUUGCCCAGACCACCCCGAAGAUGGUUUGGCUCUUGGGCGCCGAUGAGAUUGCCCAGAGUGAAAUCCCGAAGGAUGCGUUUGUCAUCUACCAGGGUCACCACGGUGACCGGGGUGCUCAGUUGGCCGACGUCGUUCUGCCUGGUGCAGCCUACACCGAGAAGUCUGCCACCUAUGUCAAUACCGAAGGCCGUGUGCAAGUGACUCGUGCUGCUACAUCGUUACCUGGGGCAGCCCGUGAUGAUUGGAAGAUCAUUCGCGCCACCAGCGAGUUCCUUGGCGUUCCCCUUCCCUAUGAUGAUAUUGAGGCCCUGCGUGACCGUAUGGAAGAGAUCAGCCCUGUCAUGCGCCGCUACGAUGUUCUUGAACCCACCUCCGUCAGCGCAUUGAGCAAGGUGCAGCUGGCUGAUCAGAACAAGGGCUCCUCUGCUACCGGAGCUCCUUUCAAGAAGGUUAUCGAGGACUUCUUCUUUACUGACGCAAUCUCCCGAAGCUCACCCACCAUGGCCCGCUGCUCGGCUUCCAAGGCCACCGGCAACCCGGAGACCAACUUCAUGGCCGCCGGCGAAAUGUCUCCUCAGGCAUUGUACGGCUAA